AUGACGAAAAAUAAUCUUGCUGUACAUCUGAAAUGGCUACUCAACCAAGGCCCCUCCUUACACCUGUCGUUGUCCACCGAAUCUCCUUCCAUACAACGCGAGCGCGUCUCCCCACAGCCUUCUUUACCGGCCGACGAAAGCGAGCUCUUGGAUGCGAUUAUUGAAGACGCCGAAAACACCGACGAUGUGCUAAACGAGGACAUGGCAAAAUUUCAAACUUCAUUGUCAGCACGGAAACCUCGUUUAUUUAGCUGCCCAGAAACAUGGAAAGACGAGCCGCCUUCAACGUCAAAGAAGGCGUCUUCCACGGACACCUUGGUUCCAGAGUCUCAUCUUGAACCACCGCGAUCCUCUUUCGUGUCUCGACUCAAAACCCCACUUCGAUCGGACCGAAAGCUCGAAACACCGUCUUUUGAUGAUGUGGAAGCCAUUGACCUCACGGGAGAUCCUGAACGAUUUAUCCCAUCUUCGGCAACCGAUUUAGGAGAACCCCGUCGACUAUGGUCUGGGGAUACGGUAACACGCGAACAACCCGCCGAGAAGCGUGGGAAGAAGCGGAAGAGCGAUGAAUACACAUCGGACCUUCUAUCGCCCUCGAAAUAUGCGUCCAAAGUACGAAGCAACGCGCAGGCACCGACCUCUGAACUUCCUUCAGGUGCAAACCGGGUGAAGCCAUCGAAUAGUGCCAAACAACUGAGAACCGACUCCCCGUCUCCUAAAAAGAGCCACCGAAAGCAAGUCAUUGCCGAUUCCGACGAGGAAGAUCCGUUCGACGAUUGGACAGUAGAUGCAGAUGACAUGAUUCUGGAUAAUGAUCCAGUGCUGUAUCCCAAACUACCUAGAAUCAAACCCGAAAAUCAUGAGAAGAACUAUCGCGCUGAAGCCCCACGCCUUGAGCGCUUGCCAAGUGGGACUAUCUCAGAAACGACUCGGACAGAAACUCGGAUGGAAAGAAAGAAACCAAUUCAAACCUCAACAGCUUCGCCUGGGCUCAGAAUCCCCAGUUCUCAGCCCAAAGACGAGUCUGUUCUUAAGUUUGUAGCUCUUUCAGCAACCUCCAUCGGCCAUUCUAUCCGCCAGCUGAGGCAGAAACUGCAGAAAAACUCUGAGGUUGUAUACCAACAGGCAAUGGAAGGCCAGCCGGCUCCGGAUCUGAUUGCAGAGAACAAAAGCCUUGUGUCACGUAUUCAAGCCAUUGAGGCAUUACAAUCCCAGCAAGCAUCUUAUAACACCUGCCUUUCUCGAAAGAAGAAAUUGAAGCAGAACCUCAUGAAAGUGAUAUCCCAGGGUCUUGAUCCAACAACCAUGCCGGAUGAGCUGUCAAAAAGCCGAGCUGUUGAGUCAGAGCUGGAGCAAAUUGAGGCAAGGAUCAGCGAGCUUCUUCCUCAAGCUGAGAUAUUUGAUUUGAUCAAGUGCCCAGAAAUGGAUCGUGCUACUCCAGCGUCGAGUGACUUUCAUCCAGACCGCCAUUCUUCCAAAAACCAGUUUGAAGACUUUGGGUUUACCAAGGAGUCCCCACCUCGAAGACAGCACACCUCUUUCGCCAGCCCUAAGUUGACAAAUUAUAAUAUCACGUCCCGGGCUGGGCAGAGCAUUCCCGCCCGUGGUGGCGAAGAAGGCCAUGUUUCUCGACACAUGGGCUCACCAGCAAUAGACUUGGACGAAUUCGAUUGGGACGAGAGCGAUGACGCGAUGUUGGAUGUUGCUGGAAGCUCGAAUAAGGACUUGCCGAUGUCUUUCGGUGACAAAAACGUUGAGAAUCGACCAGUCUUUGCCGAGACCUCUGGAAACACCUCUCGAAUGCCCCCGCCAAAGAAGUCACCCGGGCGUAGCAACUUUUGGGCCAACAAUGCUUGGUCUCAUGAGGUGAGAACUGUCCUCAAGGAAAAGUUCCACCUUCGUGGCUUCCGCCCAAACCAACUCGAGGCUAUUGAUGCAACCCUCGCUGGUAAGGACACCUUUAUCUUGAUGCCAACUGGCGGAGGGAAGUCACUGUGUUAUCAGCUUCCCGCAGUUGUCAUGAGUGGUCGUACCAGUGGCGUGACAAUUGUGGUUUCCCCUUUAUUGAGUUUGAUGCAAGAUCAGGUUUUCCAUCUGCAGAAGCUGAAUAUCAACGCCCUUUUGGUGAAUGGUGAGACUGACAAGGCCGAGCGAUCGCAAAUUCUUCAUCAAUUGUCAAAUGGUGGCGGAGAAGGUAUGGAGCUCUUGUACAUCACACCGGAAAUGCUUAGCAAGAAUCAGACCCUUGUCAAAGCCCUCGAGAAGCUUCAUCGCCGGAACAAGCUUGCACGCUUGGUUAUUGAUGAGGCGCACUGCGUAAGUCAAUGGGGGCAUGACUUUCGUCCUGACUACAAGGAACUUGGUGAAAUCAGAGCUAAAUUUCCGGGGGUACCAGUCAUGGCCUUGACUGCUACUGCCACUGAAAACGUGAAAGUUGAUGUCAUGCAUAACCUGAAGAUGAAUGGAUGUGAGGUUUUCCUACAAAGCUUCAAUCGCCCUAACUUGACCUACGAGGUGCGGCCGAAAAAGAAGAAUGAUGAAUUGUUGGCUAGCAUUGCCGAGACAAUCACUGCCUCAUAUCGAAACCAGUGCGGUAUCAUUUACUGCCUAUCGCGCAGGACAUGUGAAAGUGUGGCAGAGGAGCUCGUGAAGAAGUACAAAAUCAAAGCACAUCACUAUCAUGCUCACCUGCAACCUAAACAGAAAGCUGAGGUGCAGAGCGCAUGGCAAAAUGGUAGAUAUCAUGUCAUCGUCGCCACAAUCGCCUUUGGAAUGGGAAUUGAUAAGCCUGAUGUGCGUUUUGUGAUCCACCACAGUAUUCCCAAAAGCCUUGAAGGUUACUACCAGGAGACUGGCCGUGCUGGCCGAGACGGAAAACGCUCUGGAUGCUAUCUUUAUUAUGGCUACAAAGACACCACGUUGCUGAAGCGGAUGAUCGAUCAAGGCGAAGGGAGUUAUGAACAAAAGGCUCGACAAAAGCAUAUGCUUCGGAACGUUGUCCAAUUCUGUGAGAAUCGCAGUGACUGCAGGCGUGUACAAGUGCUCGCUUACUUUAACGAACAAUUUCGCCGAGAGGACUGUGGGAACACGUGUGAUAACUGCAAGUCUGAUCUUAUCUUCGAAGAGCAUGACUUUUCUGAAUAUGCAUCAUGGGCCAUAAAGAUUGUGCGAAGUUUAACUCUCCAGAAGGAAGACAAGGUCACUGUACUCUACUGUGUUGAUAUUCUUCGAGGCGAUUUGAAAAGACCCAAGUCACCUUCUCAUCGACAAAAUCCAGGAUAUGGAAAGGGGUCUGACCUUGAUAGAGCGGAAGCAGAGCGAUUAUUUUAUCGUUUGUUGGGCGAAGAUGCGCUGGCGGAAGAAAAUGUCAUCAAUGGCAAAGAUUUCGCGGUUCAAUAUCUCAAACUCGGCCGCCGUGCUACUGAAUUCGAAAGUGGCCAGCGCAAAAUGAAGCUACAAGUGCGAGUCUCUCCAGGUAAAGCUCGAGUGCCGCGGCCGGCCAUGAAAGCAAAAUCUGGGAGUCAAGCGCACCCUACAUCCACAAUGGUUUCAUCACCUAUUCAAUCCGCCAAUGACCGUCGACAAGCCCGCCAUAAGCAACGUGGGGUCCGGUUUGACUUUUCAGAGGGCGAAGAGAGUGAUGGGUUCGAACCAAUCCGAGUUUCCGGAAAGCAGCAACGCCAGAUUGCGCGUGAAUUAGGCCCACCCAUUACAAUUGACCAGAAGAUGGAUCGACUUGAUCACCUUCAUCGUGCUGUCGUAGAGGAUUUCGAGGUCACCGCCAAGAGGUACCUCCAAGAUGUCGUUGUUGAAAAAGGUCUCCGCGCCCAGCCAUUCCCGGACCAUAUUUUGCGUGACAUGGCCAUCUCAUUCCCCAAAGAUCCCUCGGAGCUUGCUGCCCUCCCAGGCAUCGACCAAGACAAGGUCAAACGAUAUGGCCGUCAGAUCUUAAGACUAAUAGACAAUGCAAAACGGCGCUACCAGGAAUUGACGCAAGAUGCCGAAUCCAAUGGCGUCGUUCCCGACCCCAACCAUCACAAUGUCAUCAAUCUCAGCAGUAGUGACGAAUACAGUGACGGCGACGAUCUUUUCGCAGACCAAGCGUCUACGUUCGAUGUUGACCAAACCCAGGAAGACGAAGAUCUCACCAGCAGAUAUUUCCCUCCUCCCCUUUCUCCAGGCUUUCACCCUGGCGAGGAUUUUGGUGAACAAGCGGAUUCUGGCUCCAAAGGCCGCAAACGUCCGUACACCAGAAAGCCUCGCCGGAAGAAUGGAGGCUCUACAAGCAGUUGGAAAGCCAAGGGCUCCAGGUCCAAGACCACUACGGGCGGCAGCAGUCGCGCUCCAAGCCGAUCCUCUGCUGCCCCUCGAAAACCCGCUACGAAAGCCAAGACCCCGAAAUCUACGAUUGGAAUGAUGCCCAUUUGA